AUGAGUCCAAAAAGCUUUAAAUGUUCUAAAUGUAGCAAAACCGCGAAUGAUAAGAAGCUAUCAGUAAAUUGUGACUCCUGCAAGAUCAUUUUAUGUGGUGACUGUCAUGGAAUGACACCAACUGAAGUAAGAGUGUUCGAGUUAAAGACAAUAGCUCGAGUGGUUUCUUUCUUAUGUGUCGAUUGUAAGUCACUAAUGGCACAAAUACCAAAUAUAAUGAAACAACUGGAGGACCUUCCUAAAGAAGUACACCAUUUGCGAUUACGUCAAAACAUGCUUGUAACUGAAGGAGCAAUACAAGAAUUGGCUGAGCGCACUAAGAGAGCUAACAAUAUAAUAAUUUACGACGUACCAGAAUCAACCUCGGAUAAACCUUUAUAA